AUGGGGACUUCAGUUGAAGGAGUGGCCAUCAAGUUGGAUUUAAGUCACACCGACUCGGUCACCUGCGAAGGCCGCACCUUGCUCAAGAGCUUUGUGGCCGCUUCAGCAAAGAGGGGUGAAUUGGUUCACGUGUUCAGCUUCGACACCUCAGAGGAAGAAUUCAAGGCUGGCUUUGGCACAGAAAUCAUCACCCGGACAUUGUUCCACGAUGCCUUCCGGGAUCCCCUCGGCUGGGCCGGAGAGGACGGUGCUGUGACUUUGAGAGAAUUCACCGCCUCGGGCCUGGUGGCGCGCCUGGUGGCUCAGACCUCGCAGGGGCCCCUCACGGUGGUCCUGGACUCCCUCAGUUGGCUGCUUCUGCGCUUGCCGUUCCCCAGCGUCUGCCAACUACUUGCUCAGCUGCUCAGGAAAAGCAAGGCAGCUGGUCUGAAGAUCACGAGGCUGGUGGCCCUUCUCCAUGGAGACUUACACCAGCCUGGGCAGCUGGAAACUUUACAUGCCUUGGCUCAUGUCGUGGUGUCACUGAAGCCGGAACAGGAGACCAUCCAUGUUGGGACCUGCGCUCCUCGAGUAGCUGUGAUAUUGGACCGAAGGAAAGGCCGAAAGGUGACUCAGAAGAAACAAUGCUUCACCAUCCUGUCGGGCUUUGCACUGAAAGAUCUCGGGGAGCCGCCAACGGCAGGCGUUUCCGGAGAAGAAGGUCUUGAGGAAAGCAAACCUGCUGCCACGGCUGACCCGAUGGCCCAUCUGACCUUCAACCUGCACCUGUCGGAGGCUGAGCGCAGGGCCAAGGAAUCUGUGCCCCUCCCAUACCACUUCAGUGAAGAAAAGAAAUUGUCUCUGCUCCAGAAGCCGGCUGGCCAAGCCAAAAUCUUUUAUGAGCCCGAUGCGGCAGAUGACGUAGAUGAGGAAGAUCCAGAUGACGACCUGGAUGUAUGAGCGAUGCCGAGGGACACCAAGAAUUGGGGAACGUGCCAAGUACGGCCCUGCCUGGUGGACUGGCCACCUUGCCACAGGACAGUCUCCUAAAAGGGUUGGAAAUUGGCCAUCCCAGCACCUCCUCCAGACUGCCCUCCCGGUGGCUUCCACGGCUAACUCACACCAGCCUAUCUGGGUUCGACAGAUCUUCUCAGAAGUGAAAGAACGGAUGAGUUGGCUGGAUCUUUCCUUCUUUCCGGAACCUUUUCGGAAUGCUAAGUGGACAUGUUAGAAGACUGGCCCCUUAGAGUUAGCCUUUGCUGGAGAAGACUGGUGUUAAGGAGAGGAGAGAGGUGUACACAGAGGGUUCCCACCUCUACCAGAAACAUGCUCUGUCUUCCUCCAAAUAGAUAAAAGUGCUUUUCAAUACAGAAACAUUGAUGGGGUGCUGGUUUAUGUUCCAUCUCACUCGGUGUCUUUAGUCGAUAUAUCUGUGGCUGCUCACAGGCCAGAGAGCUCUUCCCAAGCCAGUGAGGCUGGUCCUCUCCUUCUCGUCCUUCUGCCAGUAGACAGACUUUUAGGCAGCUGGGCUGAGUUGUUGUGAAAGGAGCUUUUCAUUCAAGGAGAUCCUGCCUCUUGUUUUCUGCUUUUGUUAUUGACCUGUUUGUUUUCAACAGCUUUUAAAGUGGCCCCUGUAUAGGUCUUGUUCCAUGUCUUUAAUUUGUACUGGUUUUAAAAAUUGGCACUAACUGUUGUGGGUCUGUUUGUGGGGUGCAGUUUAAUACCUAAAAUCCCCAGUUUUU